UCCAAUCACAGCUGAUCACAUGUAAACAGGGAAAUGGGACAUGUACACUGAUCAUCAGGGCACUGAUGAUCAGUGUGCCCUGAUAAUCAGUGUGGCCCCAGAAGUGCCACCUGUCAGUGUCCAUCAGUGCCAGCAGUCAGUGCUCAUCAGUGCCUCGUGCCAGUGCCCAUCAGUGCCACAUAUCAGUGCCUACCAGUGCACAUCACACAUAUCAGUGCCCAUCUGAGCUGCCUUUCAGUGUCACCCAUCAGUGCCAGUCAGUGCCACCUAUCAAUGCCAAUCAGUGCCACCUAUCAGUGCUGCCAAUCAGUGC